AGCUGAAGGCGCUUAGUCGUUGUUUGGCAAAGGCUUUAGAUCCAAACAAUCAAUCCAGAUUCCUAACACCUCCCGAUACUACGGAAGAUCAGCCCCAUGCCUUCGGACAGCCGCCAAUAGGUACCAUAACAUUGAACUUCCUUAGAUCCUUAUCGACGGCGGUGGUGCAGGCGAGGCAGAGGAGUACUGUGAGAUCUGGCUGGCUGGAAUAUAUGGAGCAGUGUGAACUUCAUAUUCAUUCUGCUGUAUUCCCUCAAGCUCUUUCUUCCUGAAUCAUGCCCGUUACCGUCUGUCGAAGCACCACCUACCGAUAGCAUUUAUUUCAUCUCACCCGCCAAACUCGGUCGGGAAACAGAAGCCGAACUUGAUCACCUCGUCCUUCAUGGACGGACUGUCGAUGUGGGAGCCCGUAUCCUCAUGGAUACAUCCUCGCACUAAAAUCACGCACGGUACUCGCUACAAGAAGUCGAACGUUUUGCGAGGACGUAGUCUGUGCAAAGUAAAGCUUACAGAGCAACCCGCCCUCUCCCGCUCUCAGUUCUUCCCCAGUUCUCCCUUCUCGGAUGACCACCGUUCACCCAGACCCUCUACAAACAAAUCUCUUACUGGAUCUCACCCCCACCAUUCAUCAUCUCCUAUCGCAACAAGACUGAAAAUUCCAGCAACGACCAACGCCCCCACACGCAACCGCUCCGCUCUCCGUGUCCCUCGCCCAGGAAAAAGCAAAGAAACGCGCAGCAAGUAUGGGCGGCGGGCGCCACGCAAGAUAAUGCACUCCAGGCCGCGCUCACCUGAAAAUCAGCAUGUUGAGGAAAGGCAAAGAUUGGUCGAUGAUUGCGGUCUCCCAGAGCGACACAAAGUCACCUGCUGCAACCGCUAAGCGCAUCAUCACGCGCACCUAUUGCACACAGUUCUGCGCAACGCCUGUAAAUAAACCACUUCUCCGUGCCACAUCAAAUGUAUCAACUCGGAGCGCAAGCCCACAUCCUCUUCGAACCCUCCCUCGACAGCCUGGGCAAUGCAAUGGACAAAUAUGAGGAUGCAGAGGAUGACGAUGAGAUGUGGCUACCAAAGUGGUAGCCCAACGUGCUGCUGCUUGGUAAGAGCGGGUAGACCGCAGGUGCCAAGAAACGCCCAUAAAUCGUGUCGGGCUGUUUGGGAAGUCACAACGUCCAAUGAACGUGCACAUAUCUGACGAGGAACGGGGAAGCAAGGCCGCUCAGGAGCCGGAGAUUCAUUCGUGCCCCACGACCCCAUCGUGCCGCACAUCAACUUCUCAUGGCGUUCAUAGUUCUCCUCGAGCCUGCGGAGAUUAUCCUGGAUUUGGCUCAACUGUUUUCGCCUA